AUGAAGUCACACACACUAACCGUUCGUGUUAGCACUGGUAACGUGCGAGGCAGUGGUAGAACGCUACGAGGUCCUGCAGAUGGUGUUGCGACCACGGCACUUGCUUUCUCGACCUUCCCGCCUUCCUUCCUUCUCACCAUAUUCAAAUCGCCCUUCCACCUUCUUCUCCCAAGUCCUACAACGUCAGAACCACUCGCUUCCCCCCACGUUCAACAACCACCUGGCUACACAUGUCGUCGAUUAACCAGACCCCUUCAAAGCACGCUGAGUCACCAAGACACGGCCUAG